AUCUCUAUAGAUACUUAAGAAUGUUUUUGGGGAGUAUGCUCUUAUGGGUGUGAUGGAUACACAAUGUGAUACUAGUGCAAAUAGGAGCAGAUCCAGCACACCUGAUGCAGCCCACGAUAGUGAUGAGCUCCCAAUAUCACUCAUAGUGACUAAUGUUAGCCUGGAUGUCUUCAAUAGUGAGCUUUUGAAGACAGAAUUUGAGGGACUGUUCAAGGAGUUUGAUCCUGAUGUCCUGGUGAAUUACUUCAAGAGCUUCAGGAGAGCAAGAGUGCUGUUCAGUGAUCACAGUAAAGCAGCUGAGGCCCGAUUAUAUCUAGAUGGGUUGGAUGUGGCUGGUUCUGAAAUCAAAGUCUUCUUUGCUCAGGUAUUGAAAAAGCAGACCUCUGAGGAAGAAGGACAUUUGGCUCCUCCAAAACCAGACAAGAUGUUUCUCAUCUCUCCUCCCUCAUCUCCACCUGUUGGAUGGGAACAAUGUCAUGAAGCUACUCCUGUCAUCAAUUAUGAUCUGAUCUCUGCAGUUACACAACUUGCCCCUGGUGAACCACACGAGGUCCACAAACCUUCUGAGAAUCAACCUGGAAUUGUUGUGCAUGUGUGUGAGGAUCCUGUUCCUAAUAAGGAGAAACUCAAGAUUUUACAGACUCGACGCCCAAGAAAUACAUGAGGUCUAUAAGCAAGAGCCUGGUGUCUCUGAUGCUGGCAUGUCCCACUUGGUGUUUCCUUCAUUCCUGAAUGUAUUCUGUUGCAUUCAAUGCAGGAUAGAUUACACGAAGUCCUGAUCUCUGUUGAAUCUAACGGGAAGUGUUUGCAGUAUUAUAUUAAUUGCAUUCAAAAAAAGAAUACUUCAAUUAUGCGAACAACUUCUUUCACCCAAAUUGGUUUGCAAAUAUAACUUGGGUCUCCAAUCUAGGAGAGUGGCAGUUUGUACAAUUUUAAGAGUGUCAUUUUGUGCUAACUCACUCAAGGGUUAAUGGGCACCUCCUCAGAUUUGGAUUACAUUUGGCUUUUUUUUUCAUCUUUAUGAGCCAAAAAUGGUAUUUUAAAUUUUAGUCCCAUCAGAGCAAUGGCACAAGGGUUACAAUUUACAGAGUUCAUGGCAUGACCUCAAAACUUUGAAGGCCUAUAAUUACAAAACCUAUUCAAUAUAAAAACUUGAAUCUUGUGCCACUUAAUCCAGAAAUUACUUGAGAAAAAAUGCAAUAAAAACAUAGGUUUGCUGAUGUCUGGAUAUGACUUUUUAGUAUAACAUUUAACCUUGAAUUGGUUGUGUUGUACUCCAGGUAUGAAAUUGUAAAAAAUAUCAAAUGAAAGGUGGAUUAAAUACCUGGAGGUAAUGAAUGUCAUGGAGAUGAAAUAUGUUUGGUUUUUUACUUACAAAAUUGGUAGAAUUAGGGACCUGGGGUAUUCCACUUCAAAAUGUCAAAAGAUUUAUGAAAGGAUGUUAUUCCUCAUGUCUGUUGAUAACUUAUCCUCAUUUUUCACAGGAAAUAAUCCACAUGGGAAGCUGUCUUUCAUUUAGUUACCAUUCAGUUUUUAAGGAGUGUAGCUCCAUGUUCUACUACUGUGUAGAACUACUUCACAUAGUAAAUAUUACACCUAAUAUAAAGCAUGCUUACAUGCAUUGCACAUUUAUUAAUAGCUUCUCUUUUGUGCUCUAUAGUUGCUAUGAAAGUAAUACAAAUUGUAGUUUUGCUUGUGUUGGCCCCUGUGACCUUUUUGUAGGAAGAAAAGAAUAAAUAAAGUGUGUGAAUACCAAAUCAGAAAUUCAUGAGUUGAGAACUUGGGUUCCUGGUGAGAUCAUUCAUG